UCUUGAUGUGACAUAGCUGUGCUGCUGCAAAACGGCUGUGUUACUGACCUAGUUAACCGCUCAUGAAAUGUCGCCCCACAUAUACAGAUCUAACUAUCCACCGUUGAGGGUUCCGACAGAUUCAUCGCUGUCAGAGUUUCUGCUUGAAAAUAAUCCUGACGACACUCCUAGGGACCAGGUCAUUCUCUCUGACUACGCCGAACCAUUUAACACGAUAACAUAUGGCGGUCUGCGCAGUACCGCCGCUCAGGCAGCUGCUGGCCUCAAGCAACUGUUUAAAGUGAAUGAAGGAGACUGUAUCUGCAUCGUAGCAGAAAAUUCGGUAAACUGGAUUCUUCUGGCACAUGCUGUGCAUUGGUUCGGAGGGGUUUUCAGUGUGGUCAGCUCACUGGCGACAUCUUCUGAGCUCGUCCAUUACUUCGCGAUAGCUGAGCCCGAAAUUGUUGCUACCACGCCGGAGAAUUAUGGCAAGGUCAUGGACGCAUUACAGAUAAGCAACGAGUGUCAUAGAUCUCCCAAGUGCCUGCUCAUCGAGGAUGGUUUUCCCAACUCACGCUAUCCAGAUCAUCUUUUGCAGUUUCCGCGGGAUGUAGUAAAAGAGGGAGGACCGCUCCUCCCUCCUUUCCGUCUGCCCAAAGACGCGCGCCAAGUUCCAGCGGCAAUGGUUUUCAGCUCUGGUACAAGUGGAAACCCGAAAGGGGUCCUGUUGAGCCAUUAUAACCUGAUUGGAAAUCUACUAUCUUUUCGGGCAACUGAUCCUCUGCUAUACAAUGGCUUCCAGAGGGAGGUGUUCUUCCUUCCAUUUGCCCAUAUCUAUGGGCUUGCUGUGGUCGUUCUGGGAUCUGCAUUCAACGGCUGUCAUGUCGUGGUAAUGAAACGUUUUAACUAUACUAAGUACGUGGAAAGGGCAUCCGAGAUACGGGCAACGAUACUCAGAAUGGUUCCGUCCACCGCCGUGGCUAUGGCCAAGGACGCGAAUAUUGAUAAACUGGAUCUAAGAAGCGUGCGGUACAUUAUGUGCGGAGGUGCACCUUUGCAAGCCGAAGUCGUCCGAAAUCUUCAAUCACGGAUGGGAGAUACCCUUGUUGUCUUCCAAAGCUACGGCUUGAGCGAAGCCUUAGUAUCGACUCUAAAGGGUCAAUUUCCAGCAAAUAAGGCCGGAAGUGUGGGAAAAUUGUUCGCGGGAGUACAGUUAAGGGUUGUUGAUGAUGACUUCGUGGAUGUGACGCCUGGUACGCAAGGUGAAUGUGUCGUGAUGGGUCCUUCAGUCUUUAUGGGUUACGCAAAAAAUAAGGAAGAGACAGCAGCAACGUUCAAAGACGGUUGGUUCCUGACUGGUGAUGUGGUUAGAGUGGAUGAAGAUAACUAUAUCUGGGUAACAGAGAGGAAAAAGGAACUAAUCAAGUACAAAGGAUAUCAAGUCCCACCGGCUGAACUUGAAGGUAUCCUGCUCUCGCACCCCGAAGUCCUGGAUGCAGCAGUUUGUGCGACUUGGGAUCAAACUCAGGUGACCGAGCUCCCGACCGCCUAUGUCAGCCUGCAGAAAUCCGUUGCCUCAGCAGAGAUACCAUAUGUGCUACGUGAGAUCCGCAAAUACACGGAGGCUAAGAUAUCUCCGUACAAACGCCUAAGAGGAGGAGUUCACCAUCUCCGACAGAUUCCAAGAGGAGCCAACGGCAAACUUCUGAGACGGCUACUUCCAGCACGACUUGAGGGCGAGAAGAACAAAAGAACGCCGAAGUUAUAGACCUCGUGGAACUUGAGACUUCAAUCGUAUUCAGCAUGAUUCCAGCUGGUAUCCUAGGCAAUGAAACUUCCGCGAUGAAGAUGGUUCGUGCAUGCAAAAUGAGGAUUAAGCACAAUGGGACAACCCAUCGCCAAGUAGCCUAUGUCAGGAGCAACUUUCAUGCCAAAUCAUGAUCAUUCGUUUGGAAAGAAGAC